AUGGCAACUGAGGAUCUAACAAGUACGUUCAAAAAUGACUCUGGGCUCCAGCCAGAGUCCUUUUAUACCACGAGAAUGGAUCCUUAUCGGUUCAGAAUCCGGUCCAGACUUCUGAAAUUUGUCCAGGAAGAAACACCCCGACUUGCAAAGGCUCAACGGACGUUUGCUAACAAAUGGCUGGAUAUCUACUUCACUUAUUCGGCCAACUUGGGAUCGCAUACUUUCUAUGUUCUGUGUCUUCCGGUCCCGUUGUGGUUCGAAUUGCCAUACCGAGACCUGGUCUAUGUACUAGGAUUGGGCAUCUUUCUGUCCGGUGCAGUGAAGGACUACCUGUGUCUCCCAAGACCCAGAUCUCCGCCGCUAGUGCGGAAGACCAUGAGUCAUUAUACCGCAGAGGAAUACGGAUGUCCUUCCAGCCACUCGGCUAACGCAUUUGGUGUGUUCUUGUUGCUCUCCCACGCCAUAAUUACCAAUCUGGACCAUAUCAACACCCAUACAGCUAUGAUCCUUUUGCUUGUGCUUUUUGUUUACUUGUUUUCAAUGGUUUUUGGCCGCGUUUAUUGCGGAAUGCAUGGCAUAGUUGACAUCGUGGUCGGCUCAACUAUCGGAGGUCUGGUUGUGCUGUUCCGUUGGGCAACAAAGACCAAGUGGGACACUUUCCUGGCAAACGGAUCGAUGCUGGCACCGAUCAGUGUGAUUGCGAUAAUGUACUCGUUGAUCUACUACCACCCUUUGCCAAUAGACCACUGUCCAUGCUUCGAAGACAGCGUUGCAUUCAUCGGAGUGCUGAUCGGGCUUGAUCUGGCCUACUGGGGACUCUCAAUCUCCUCGUUCCGUGACCCUCGCUUGGAGUACACCGGUUGCAGCAAGUUCGAGCUCGCAAAACUCGGCUACUUCAAAACCGGCCUGAGAUUGGCGGUUGGUAUCGGAUUGCUGGCAUUUUGGAAGGCGUUUUCCAAGCCAUUGAUUUAUAAACUUCUGAAACCAAUCCACGCCCGUGUCUUUGCGGGCCAGGCAGACAAAUUGAGAAAGAUGUCUGAUUGUGCUGCUUUGCAACCUCGCUACAACCUGAAUCUCAUUGUGAGGGUCUGUGUUUACACCGGCAUAGCAGCUCUGGCUGUGUCUAUGGGCGUGGUGUUUUCGUAUCUAGGACUAGCAUUGGACUGA